UGCUAUUACAAUCGCUUCGCCCUGCUGGUGAGGGUCUGCAAUACUGGGCAAGACGCUCUUGACCCGGGCCGUGCCGUUGCAAGUUCACACGUGCUUACAGUAGCUUCGAUCUAGCGGGCAAUGUGGGCAGAGGCUGACCCGUUGUAUGAAGUGAACCGCACAGGUCUGCUCGGGCGACAGGGAUUUGGGGUGUCUGUGUCUGUAAGAGCUCGACCGGCAUCAGCGGAUCAGCGCGAUCGGGCCCACUGUCGGGUUCGGGGGGAGCAAGCACCAUACAUACAUAGCCUUUAUACUUGAACCGCGGUCAGCCCGUCUUCCAACCUGGGCCAGUCCCUAUCAGACACCUCCCACGGCCGACCGAUGGCGCAGACAGCAGACAAACCCGUGAUUGUGCAGUGGAUCGUGGACACGCGGGAGCUAUGGCCGAGCGCCGACAAGACGGCCCAGCUCGAGACAGUGGCGGCGAGGGCCCUCGCGCUGCUCACCGAGGAUGAGCGCAAGGCAGUGCUGCGGUACCUGUUUGUGCGCGACGCCAAGAUGUCGCUGGCGUCGCAGCUGCUGAAGCACUACGUCGUGAGCAGGUUCUGCGGGGUGCCGUGGUGGGAGACCAAGAUCACGCGCAACGCAAAGACCAAGCCCGUGUACGUGGACCCGGCCACGGGCAGGUCGCCGGUCGAGUUCAACGUGACGCACCAGGCGGGGCUGGUUGCGCUGGUGGCGUCCUACGGCGGCGAGGGCGUCGAGGGGGGCGUCGAGGGGGGCGUCGAGGGGGGCGUCGAGGUCGGCGUCGACAUUGUGUGCGUCAGCGAGAGGCGCGACCGCGACCACGCUGCCAUCGGCCGGGAGGGGUGGCCGUCGUUUGUGGACAUGCACGCCGACGUGUUCGCCCCGUCCGAGGCCAACUACCUCAAGUACCAGGUGCUGAGCGCGAACCCGGGGCUGCCGGCCGGGGCCACGGCCGAGCAGGUCACCGACGUCAAGCUCCGGUUCUUCUACACGCUGUGGUGCCUGCGCGAGGCGUAUGUCAAGAUGACCGGCGAGGCGCUGCUUGCGCCGUGGCUCAAGGUGCUCGAGUUCAGGAAGUUCAGGCCGCCGCAGCCCACGGCGUCCUUUGAGUCGCGCAACGAGGACGGGUCGGACGUGGUCAAGGAGCACGACAUCUGGUUCAGGGGCAGCAGGGUCGACGAUGCCAACGUGUGCCUCCGGUCGCUGGGGCCGGACUACAUGACCUGCACGGCAGUCAGGACGCCUCAGCAGCACGAGGUGGGCCUGGGCCUGGACCUGGGGCCGUUUGAGAUGCUCCGCAUUGAUGACAUCUUGGAGUAUGCCGAGUCUAGGGUAUAAGACAGACGUGGACAGAUAUAGACAGACGCAUAUGCAUAUCGACGGCGGGCUGUGACAUGACAACUGAGCAGAGUCGGCUCUCGUUGCUGGCCGUCACCCUCGAGCUGCUGCUUACCGUCCCGAAUGUUGUUUGAAACGGUGCAGGCGGGCUCGUGGCCAUGAUGUGCUGACCCUCCACCCUUCACCUUUGAAACGAAACACGUUGACCAUGUUCCCGAG